GCAUUCGCUGAUCUCUAGACUACGUGACAGACAGAUUUUAAAAAAUAUUACACAACCAUUACCAACCAGUAGAAGACAAAAACUCAAGGUCCAUCCACAGUGAGCCAUUAUAUGGGCUAGUAUCGUCUGUGAAGGAAAGUGUGAUUACUGAAGAAAAUGGGAGACUGGGGCUUUCUAUCCACGUUACUGGACAAGGUGCAGUCCCAUUCCACAGUCAUUGGUAAGAUCUGGAUGAGCGUCCUGUUUAUAUUCAGGAUCCUGGUUCUGGGUGCAGGAGCUGAGAGCGUAUGGGGAGAUGAGCAGUCCAGUCUUGUGUGCAAUACAUUACAACCUGGUUGUGAGAAUGUCUGCUACGACUGGAAGUUUCCCAUCUCUCACAUCCGCUUCUGGGCCAUGCAGAUCAUCUUCGUGUCCACGCCGACAUUACUGUACCUGGGCCAUGCCAUCCAUGUCAUCCACCAGGAGAACAAACUGAGAGAGAAAAUAAAACUACAGCAUGAAAGCCAAAUGCGAAAAAAACCCAAAUACACAGAUGAGCAGGGUCAUGUGAAGAUCAAGGGCAACCUGUUGGGCAGCUACCUUACCCAGCUCUUCUUCAAGAUCAUCUUAGAGCUUGCGUUCAUCGUCGGACAGUACUACCUGUACGGCUUCAUCAUGGUCCCCGAGUUUGCUUGCUCUAAAAGUCCAUGUCCCCACACCGUCGAGUGCUUCAUGUCACGUCCCACGGAAAAGACCAUCUUCAUCAUCUUCAUGCUGGUGGUAGCGUGUGUGUCCCUGCUGCUCAAUGUGAUCGAGGUCUUUUACCUGCUGUGCAGCAGAGGGAGAUGUCGCUCUGGGAAGAGACGCACGAGGAAUACCACUUCUGCUGAAAAUCCUGCCAGCUUGUCCUCAUCCUGGCAGCCUAAACUGGGAGCUGAAGAUCCUCUAAAGCAAAACAAGCUGAACAUGGAGUUUGAGAGUCACACCAGCAGCGUGAGUGCCAAAGAGGACAGACAGCUGUUAGAGGAUCCUUAAACUUAGCACAUCAAUGCAAAAACUUUCUUCUCUCAAUUUCUUCUCUGAACCUUUUUUUUUUGCCUUUUGAGCAAUACACUAUUCUGCAUCAAUCAGACUGUACAUACAUAUUUUACAAAAUACUUUCAAGAAUUUUCAUUGAAAAGGCACAGAUGAUGUUUCCUGUAUGAAAUAUUAUUACUGGUUUGGUCCUUGUAAAACAAAAUAUAUCCUGGUGUUCCAGUAUUUAAGUAUUAUUCUAUAUGAAUGUUGUUGCUAAAUAAUAAUGUAUGAUCUUUUUUGUAUUUUAUCUACAAUAAAACAUUUUAAUUUAACAUUUUAAAA